AAAUUACUCAUCAUGAAUCAUCAACACUCAACACCGAGUGAGAGCGACGGAGUGCAGGUGGGAAGAGGAGGACCAGAGGAGGGCUACGCCACCGCCAACCGUCCCUCCACCUCGCCUACGCGUCGUCUGCCCAAGCUCGCCGGCGCCCGAGCUCGUCACGCGCGUAACCCUACUGCCGCCACCUCCGCCACAUUCCCCGUCGCACACUCCCUCGCCCGGCCACCGGAGGCAGAAUGUCCAACACUUCAGGAGGAUCAUUGAUGGACGGAGCAGCUGGAGGCAACCUGGCAAGCAGGAAUGACAGCCAGGGCGUCAUUAGUAGCUCUCACUCAGGGUCAGACCACGUGACCAAAGUGCCGAGCGUGAGGAGGCGGACACAUCCUCCCAUGAGGUUGGGGAGUGAGGUGCCAGAGCCAUCCCCGAAGAUGCGGAAGGUGGUAAAUGAGGAGGAUACACCUUGUGGAGCUUCAAAUACGGGCAAGAUCAGUGCUUCACCUUCUGCGGUGUCGAGAGAUCCCAACGGAACUUCUACCUCCGAAGACCAUGCUGGAGGGCAUUCAAGUGAGUAUGCCACAGUUGGGAAUGCUAGGGGCUCACCAAUUAAACGAAGAUGUAUGCAGACAAGUCACUACUUGGGACUAUUUACACCCCUAAAAGGGAAACACACAGAUGAAGUUGCUAAAUCCAAGCAAUCAACUGUUUCCACAAAAACAAAGAAGUUUAAGGAAAUUCAAUUUCAGAAACUUCAGAGAUUGCCAGAUGGGUGCCAUCCUGAUUUUGAUAAUGAUCAUCUGUGUUCUGUAAAUAAUCAUGACCUGCUUCCUGAAAUGAGUACUCCAAGUGCUGACCUUCAUCUACUUACUGAGACAGGAGUGGAAAACAUGAGGACACCUAAAAGUCUUCACGCUGAACUUAAGCGUGAGCUGUCAAAGCUAAAUACGGUGUUAAAGCUACCAGAUAAUGUACUCUUUCUGGCCAACCAGUUCCUUGAAUAUCUUUUAAAUAAUCAUUUAGUUGUGCGGGAGCCACGGAGCAUACUGCAUGCGUUCAACAUAGCCUUGUGUUGGCGUGCUGCUUCUUUUCUGAAAUACACUGAGUUGGAUCAUCGAGAAUCACUUGCCCUUGCUUCAGAUGGAUUGAAUUAUGAAUGCAAUGAGGAGCUCGCAGAACUUUUCUAUAAAAAAAUAGGCAUCCUAAAAGAAAAGGUUGCACAUAAACCAGGUGGAAUAAUCAAUGGUAGAUUAUCACCACAUGAGAGCUCAUCUGCUAACUUGAGAAGUGACCACAGUUUCCGGAAGCAGGCAAUGGAUCUUCAUGGUAACUUCACAAAAGGCACUGAAGAUAGCCCAUCUGCCACUGAUCAGAUGGUGAUGGUUUCAGAUGAACAAGAAUUGCUAUCUGCUCCAGAUGCUGGUAGAGAACAUCUCUUAAGUGAAGAAUCUUCUAGUAGUGCUGCAAUGAAAAGAAUAGAUUUAUUUAACAGCAUAUUUUUCUCAAGAGAGAGGGAUAUCAUUGAGAAGCAACAACUUGAGAUAUUAAAUUUAAGAACACUGAGAGACAAUCAAGUUAAGAAACUGAAAGAGGUAUGCCAUGCAGUUGUUCAACACAUUCGGAUAAGUAACAUUGACGAAGAGAUGGAAAUUGACCAAAUAAAGUUAGUAAUUCAGUGGUUCACUAUGUUUAUGCAUUCUUUCUUGGCGCACAUCAGGCUCCAGUUUUUCAAACUUGAUGCACUGCAUUCUACAACACUGGCUGAAGAGGAACUGAUGAAGGAAAAACUCAAACAGGAAGUAGUAUCAGGUGAAUUAGACCAAUUUCCUGAUCAUUGCGUUACUCUACCAGAUUCCAAUUCUGUCAUUGAGGAAUUUAUCCAUUUUAAGAAACAAAAUGAUGAUAGUCAUGUUGACCAAAAAAUGGCUUUGGAUGGUGACCAGCUUAUGGAUGACAGACCGAUGGAAAUUACUAUUUUACGCAGUUUGUUUUCACCAGAGGCUUGUUCUACACUUGCAGUGAGAAAUGAGCCUACAGAAGCUCAUUUGAGGUCUGGUGGGAGAGCAUCAUCAGAAUAUGUAGAUCUUCCAGAUAACAAUAAUCACUGUAUUUCUGUUGGAAUUGACUACCAAGGAGGUUGUUCUGCUAGUUCUAUUCCUACAAGUCAUGGUUCAAUCAAUCAGGAAUUUUCGACUGGUGAUGACAGAAAUAUUGAACAUGCCAAGGGUGACAUUAUUGCUAAUCCAAGUAUGGUUCCAGGAAGUGCAACUUCUCUUGUGGUAAUCAAUGCAGAAAAUGAUAGUACUGUUGCAGCAGAUCCAGACCACUUGGAAUCACAUAUUUUGGCUUCUGUCACGACCUUGCAGCAUCCAACAUCAGAAGAACCGUCUGAUACAUUACAUGCAAUGGCAGUUCAGGAUCUGCAAACUGAGAUGCAAACAACAUGCCCAACAUUGGGUGCUCAACAUCAGAAGGUGUGCCCUGAUGAUUCUAGUAAAAUGAACCAUGAACCAGAUACAACAACUGGAAUGUUGCAGGAAGGGACAACUUCUGACCAUUUAGGUGAUUCCAGUAAGGUGAACGUUGAACCAGAUAUAACAACUGGAAUGUCUCAGGAAGGGAAAACUUCUGACCAUUUAGAUGAUUCCAGCACUGGAGUUAAAGAAAAAAAUAUUGACACUGUCAUUGCAGAUCCAUUGAAUUCAGAAAAUCAAUCUUAUAUUGCUAUGCCAGAAGCUUGGGUAGCUGAAAUUCAGAGUGAUCAGUCAAGUAUGCCUGCACAACAUAGUACAAGUCUUCCUACUCAGCGGAAGUUACCAGUUUUGGGACAUCCACCAGAAGAAGCAAAUCCAUCAAGUAAUUUGGACACAGAGGCUGCCCAGAAGCCAGAUAUUCAACCAUCAAGCUCAACGUUGGAUGCUGACAGCUCUGAAACAAGGCAUCAGCCAGAAACUACAACAGUUCUGUCACAGGUAGGCAGUAAAAAUCACGAUGUUGGCACUUUUCACGCACAAAAAGCCCAAUCAGACUCACCAAUUUUGGCUGCCCCACAAAGCACAGCUAUGUUGUCACUUCCUUUGGAGGCUGGAACUCCUGCUAAUGUAUCAAGUACGUCUUCCCUGCAAAGUAACGGUGUAUCUUCAAGGCACACACCUGCUGUUUCAGAAUCAUCAGGUAUGUUGGGCACUCAGCCAGAACAGGAUUUGCAUCAUGACCUGGGGCCAUCCAUGUCAUUGUUGGGUGUUCCACUUCAAAGAAUGCUCCCAGAUGACAGGAGCCAAACAGUCUGUCAGCCAGAUAGAGGAACUGAUUUGUCAGGGAAAGGCGAAACUGAAUAUCUAGCUUGUACCACCAGCGAUCUGUCCACCCUUCCACUUUCUGGUGAAGCUGAAACUGAGAAUGGUCAAGCAAGUAUGCCUGCACAGGAAAUCACAAGUCCCCAUGCCCAACAUAGUUUAGCUUUAGCAACUUCACAGCAUCCAGUUGGUGAUUUGCAGCCACCGACGUUGAUUCUGUCUGAGGAAACAGAAAGGGCUGGUCUCUUGUGCACCUCAGCAUCUCAGGAUUUGCAACUGUCAAUGAUAACACAGGAGGAUGUUCCACUUGAAAGAACUGAUCUGUCGGGCAUGCCUGUGACACAAAGUACAACUGUUCUGCAGAGUGUGGAACCUUCAUGUGAUCCACAUGCAGAAGAGGCAGGUACUUGGGGUAUGUUGUCAGCUCCAGAUUUGCAGUCCAGAAUGCAGUCAUCAUCUCAAUUGCAGGAUCAAAUUGCGGAAGCAGAAGGAGCAGGCAUUUUUGGCACCAUUCCAGCUCAGAACUUGCAGCCUGAAACGUGGUCAUCAACCUCAGCUCAGCAUAUCUCACCAUUGAGGACACACCCUGAUGAGAGAAUUCAAAUAGGUCUUCAGCCAAAUACGACACCGGUUCCUGAGCUGCUAGGCCAACUAUCUACAUUGACACCUGCAGGUCUAUUGUCUAGUAACGAACCACUAAUGAAUGAGCUUGAAAAACUGAAAUACUGCAACGCCGUGCUCUGUAAAAACCAUGAACAGAAGAAAUCACAACUUCAAACAGAGUGCAACCAAGAAAUAGAGAAGGUAAAGGAGAAGUAUGAGUUGUUACGUCAAGAGGAAGAUUCUGUGUAUCAUCGAUUGACCACAGACCUUAACCGUAUCUACACGAAAGUUCUUGUAAAUCAAUCACUAGCUGAAUUCUUUAAAGCAUCUCUAGUUCAAGAGAGAUCUGCAAGGCCCACAAUUUGGCAGGCACCCCAGUCCUCUCAGCAUGCUCCGUGUGGGACAACAGCAGCUCAAGCCACACUAUUACCGGUUGCCUCAUCUUUAGCCACUCGACCAACAGUUUUGAUGUCAUAUCAUACAACAGGACCUCACCUCCCACCUUCACAGGUGGCUCGGCCACCGGCUUCUGGGGCUAUCCAACUGCAACCUGUUUUACCUGGAAACCAUUCCAGAGCAGCACCAUCACCUGUUGGUUCAAUGCAUCCACGACAUGGAAUCUACAGAGCUGUUGGAGCACAAUCACGUGGGCCUGCUCCUCAUCUCCAGCAACUCAGGAUGCCAGCACCGUUUGCAAUGGUUCACAGAGAUGGACAGCAUCCACCCAGUAUCAUGAAUCCCGGGGUUAUACCAUCGAGACAGUCUGUCCAUGGUAAUUUUGAAAGCUCUGCUUCUGGCAAUGCACUGGCAGGUAUCUCAUUUGCAUCCAUGGCACCAAGUUCAGGUCACCAGGCGAUGUCGUCCACAUCAGACUCACAUCCAGUUUUCCCAGCAUCCUCGCUUCUACCAGGUUCAGGUCCAGGGUCGAUGACAAACUUUGUGCGGUCAAGUACCAGAAUCCCUGUUGUCAUGGCGAGCGAACAAGCACCACGCCUGAAUCCAUAUGUUCACCACAUCGGAGGUGGUCCACUGAACGCUGCACCAGCAGGAAUUCAGCAAGCUAGAGCUCAUAUAGGACGCACUCCUCAGGCUGCCUCAGAUCAGAGUCAGGACGUGCUGCAUCGCCUACUACUACAGUUGCCCGAAGUCAUGGCGCCAAGCUUAGCUCAGCCAACCGCAUCAAGCUCACACCCGGCUCCCAUGGCAGCCCGGCAGCAAGCAGGGCUACUGAAUCCAGCUCCUGACAACGUGGCAUGUCCACUGAACGCAGUGGCUGGAGUUGGGCGCCCCGGAGCCCGCAUAGGCAGCCAGUCGUACCAGGUAUCGGCUUCGUUGCUCGAGUGGGAGGCGACGCUCAGGGUUGGCCUGAUUCGUGGACACCAAGGCACGUACCCCUUGGGACAGGGAUGUUCUGACCUGGCUGGAGGACCCCCCGGCACAUCCGCUGCCCAGGGAUGCGGCUCCGGCGCCAGCAGAGAGGUGGUGUGCCUAUCUGAUGACGAGGAGUAGCAUAGCGUAGAGAGUAGUAGUUUUUUUUUUGGGCUGGGCUGGUCUGUGCAACGUAGAUGUGCAUGGGUUGGAUAGGCAACAGUAGAGCGGCACGAUAUCGUCGCCCCCUUUUAGCAGCAGCGGCAUCCUUGGAAGCAGGAGAUGUCUGGCUCUGAUGAGGGUAGUAUGUCGUAUUUUUGGGGGGUGGGGGACUGGUGGCGUGGCGUGGCGGCAGCAGCAUAUUAGUGAAUAGUGAUAGCAUAUGAACCCUAAUUCUGAUAUAUAGUCUUGUCGUUUCAUAGCCUGGUGGUGAUUGUUUGGUGUGGGGCUGGAAUGAUCAUAUAUUAUUAUUAUCGGUCUGGUUGUGGAUGUGGUACUUGGUGUU